AUGCAAAUCAUUUUCAAAGAUUUCAAGAAGCAAAAGGUGCCAAUUGAAGUCGAAUUAUCAGAUACUGUUUUGUCCACAAAAGAAAAACUAGCACAGGAGAAAGACUGCGAGCCAUCUCAGUUGAAAUUUGUCUAUUCAGGAAAAGUCUUGCAAGAUGAUAAGACGUUGGAAUCAUUCAAGGUGAAAGAGGGUGAUUCUAUCAUUUUUAUGAUAUCAAAGACCAAAAAAUCACCCAUACCGGCGUCUACUGCAAUUAAGAAGGAGGAUACUGCACCCGAUAGCGAGAACAGAGGAGAGGGUUCCACUGGAAAUGGAAAUGAUGCAACACCAACUGAACCUGCUUCUUCUACACAAAGCACUGCAGAGCCUGGGUCUAUUUUCACUGCGGGAGAUGAAAGAGAAGCAACGAUCAGUAAUAUUAUGGAGAUGGGAUAUGAAAGAUCACAAGUUGAAACUGCCUUGAGGGCAGCUUUUAAUAAUCCUCACCGUGCUGUUGAAUAUUUGUUAACGGGCAUUCCAGAGUCUUUACAACGUCCCGAAGCUUCAGAACCAGUAGCGGAAUCAACAACGAAUGAAGACGCAGCAGCUGCAAAUGAAGACACCAAUGAGGAAGAUGAACAAGGAGAAAACUUGUUUGAAGCGGCAGCGGCAGCCGCUAGGGCCGAACAUGACGGUGCAGGUGGAGCUGAUGCUGUGGACUCUUCUGGAAGUGGAGAUUUGGGGGGUGAUGCGCAAAUGGGAUUAUUAAGAACAGCGUUACAGUCUAAUCCAGAAUUAAUUCAACCAUUAUUAGAGCAGUUGGCAGCUUCUAAUCCACAGGUUGCAGCAUUAAUCCAACAGGACCCUGAAGGGUUCAUCAGGACGUUUUUAGGAGGAAGUGGUGAAGAUUUAGGAUUCGAGAUCGAAGGUGAUGAGGGUGCAGAAGGUGAAAGUGAAGGGGGCACUGUUCGUAUAGCAUUGACUGAGCAAGAUGAAAGCGCCAUCAACAGAUUGUGUGAAUUAGGUUUCGAUAGAAACUUAGUGAUUCAAGUUUACAUGGCCUGUGAAAAGAACGAAGAGGUCGCAGCUGAUAUAUUGUUUAGAGAUAUGUAA